CACAGCAAUGGACCCGCAUAAGAAUGACUAUCACCUACUGGAGGAGCACCCAAAGCCGCUGCAUCAUCGACGAUGGCUGCGUGCUGUGACGGCUUUUCUACUUUGUGUAAUAGGAAUUUAUUCCUUCUCUCGGGACCUUUUCGCACGCGCGACGUCACACAAAAUUCCCCCAAAUGCCACCCCACUCGACGAAUUUGAGCAAUGCUCAAUUGCAAAUUUCCGCGAAACAGGUUAUCCCUUUCUCGACACCGCCAUUCCCAUCGCCGUGGAAGACUUUGAAGACCGCCGCGACCGCCUGGCGCGAGCUCUUAUGGUCAGUGGUGUGGAUGCUUUUGUCGUUGAGCCAGGGUACACCUUCAAGUACUACGCCAACAUCAGCCAGCCCGAAUGGGAAGUAUGGGAGCCGGAAGAGCGCCCAUUUCUCAUGGUAGUGCAACCGAAACAUCUUCCCUCAGGCGACGUCACAGCCAAGACAUCCUUCCUUUGCCCUUCCUUUGAGGCAGAGCGGGCGCGACUUUUGGGGAUGCCGUUCACUGAGCCGAUCGAAAUCAUCCCAUGGGAAGAACACUGGGAUCCAUAUGAGACGCUGAAAAUCGCCAAGACUUUCUCAGACCUUCGUCGCACACCACGACUGAUGGUUGACGAGGAGAUGCGGGACUUCAUCCAGCGUGGGCUUGGUGGAGCCGGGUUUGACGUGGUUGGUCUGCAGGGCGAGGUGGAGCGGGUUCGACAGAUCAAGUCAGAGAAGGAGAUUGGGAUUCUACGGGCCGUAAACACAGGGACGGUAGAGGCGGUCCGGCAAAUGAGGAAGUGCCUUCUCCCAGGGCUGACCGAGAGCGACAUCGCCCACGUUUUGGAUAAGACCCUGCUUUCUGCUGGAUUGGAACCAUUCUUUGAUAUUGUUUUAUUUGAUGAGAAUGCUGCAAAUCCCCACGGGGGAACCAAUGGGUCGAAAUUGUUGGACGCGGGGACGUUUGUCUUGAUAGACGUUGGGGCCCAUCUGAUGGGUUACUCCUCUGACAUUUGUCGCACGUUUUUUCCUCCGUUCCUGGAACGACCGCCCUCUCCUGCGGCUGCGCCAGACUGGAUGAAAGAGAAACUCAAGGUCUGGGACAUUGUCUUCGAAGCGCAAACCAAGUCCAUCGCCCAAUUUACAGUCAAUUCCACGGCAGCUAGCGUGGAUAUUGCCGCACGCAGUGUAAUUAGUGCAGCUGGGUAUGGUGAAGCCUUCACGCAUCGCGUCGGACACGGUAUUGGGAUCAAGGCGCACGAGAGCCCGUACCUCAACAAAGGCAACCAUGAGACGGUCCUCCGUGCGGGGAUGACCUUCACCUCAGAGCCUGGGGUGUACCUGGUGGACAAGUUUGGAGUGCGCCACGAGGAUAUAUUUCUAGUGCGGGAGAACGAUAGUGCGGAGUUGUUGACAGGGCAGCGUGCCAUCGGCCCAUGGGACCCGUAAGACGUUCGUCAGAAUCAAUGAUGGGCCAGGGCGGGUUUGCGGUGCUGUUGUCGGUCGAUUGGUG